GAGAUUACUGCAUAUAGCGCAAGACAACACGGCGUUGGGAUAUAACUUACAAGUUUGCAUCCCGUUUCCUUGAAGCCGUGAACUCCCCGCCGAGCCGUUUCCAACAUGGGUGUUGACUGAAUGGAGGAGGCAUGAAGAUGCACUCGUGAAGGAUUACAUCUGCGCUCACUAAUUCCCUGGACCAUGCAGAUGCUGCCGCCGAGGACGUUGUUUGUGUUGUUAGCGCACGCGCACGUAUUUCUAUCUCUAAGAAACAAUGGAGAAGUGCGCGCGUACUCUGCGAGGACUUUCCACGGGUCACCGCGGGAGAGCCACCAACACAAAGCCCGGGACCGCGCGCUCUCUUCGGGCUACGCCACAGGUGCGUCCUCAGCGGAGCUGCAGGCGCAAUGGGCAAUUAUACGAGGGCCCCUGAACUCCACUCACCCCUGGAAGAGGGUAAUUGCCGGAAAAACGAGGCGAAUCGGACACAACAAACGCGACUUCAGGCGGACGGGGACCCCCGUGGAGGAUCACAACGCCGUCCCGACGCGCCACCACAAUAAGCGGAUAAAGUUGAAUGGCGGUCUUAGUAGUACGGGGACGCCAGCAGGUGGACACUACAAUGCGGCUAAGCCCUCUUCAAUGGGCCGGGGGGAUGGAGGAGGGGGUCCCGAGGAGAGAGACAGGCACAGGAGAGGCACAAAAGACGAGCAGAAGAAAGCCUUCAGGAGGGGGAGAAUCCGGCUGAACAAAAGCUCGGGGGUCUUGGCUCAGCAUCACGCGUCGUCGUGGGAACCCAUCCCCAAGCCGGUGGCCCUCACCUCCACCGACAUGCCCUUUGACCUCUUCACCAGGAGGACCGAGUCCAUCACGUUCAGGGAGGAGAACCCCUGGGAUGCCACGCCGAUCACCCCUCCCAGCUCGCAGGAUUUCGGGGACGAGAUCAAGAACCCUUUUUAUCCGGUGACCAGUGAGACGUACGGCGCCUAUGCCAUCAUGUGCGUCUCCGGGGUCAUUUUCCUGGUGGGGAUAGCCGGCAACAUCGCCAUCCUGUGCAUCGUGUGCCAGAACUAUUACAUGAAGAGCAUCUCCAACUCGCUGUUGGCCAAUUUGGCGGUCUGGGAUUUUGUGCUCAUCUUCUUCUGCCUGCCCAUGGUGGUCUUUCAUGAACUGACCAAGUCCUGGCUGCUGGGGGAAUUCACCUGCAAAGUGGUGCCCUACGUGGAGGUGGCCUCCCUCGGCGUGACCACCUUCACUCUGUGCGCGCUGUGCAUCGACCGCUUCCGCGCGGCCACCAAUGUCCAGAUGUACUACGAGAUGAUCGAGAACUGCACCUCCACGACCGCCAAGCUGGCCGUCAUCUGGAUCGGGGCUCUCCUGUUGGCCCUCCCGGAGCUCCUCAUCAGACAGCUGGUGGUCGAGGACACGGGGAGGCCCGGCGAGCCUCCCGUCGAACGCUGCAUCAUCCGGAUAUCCACCUCGCUCCCCGACAUGCUCUACGUGCUGGGCUUGACCUACGAGGGCGCUCGCCUGUGGUGGUGCUUCGGCUGCUACUUUUGCCUCCCCACCCUCUUCACCAUCGGGUGCUCCCUGGUGACGGCGCGCAAGAUCCGGCGCGCCGAGCAGUCCAGCGUGCGCAGCAACAAGAAGCAGAUCCGCCUGGAGAGCCAGAUGAACUGCACCGUGGUGGCGCUGGCCAUCGUCUACGGCGCGUGCGUGGUGCCCGAGAACAUCUGCAACAUCGUGUCCACGUACAUGGCGGCGGGCGUCCCCGAGCACACCAUGUCCGUCCUCCACCUUCUCUCCCAGCUGCUGCUCUUCUGCCGGGCCGCCGUGACGCCGGCGCUGCUGCUGCUCCUGUGCCGCCCGCUGGGCAGGGCCUUCCUGGACUGCUGCUGCUGCUGCUGCUGCAACCACGCGCCCUCCUCGGCCACCGCCAGCGACGAUAACGAGCACGAGUGCACCACCGAGCUGGAGCUGUCGCCGUUCAGCACCAUCCGCAGGGAGCUGAGCAACUACACACCCGCCGGCUCCAACUGCUGAUCCGACAUUCCUCAUCAGGGAUGACUUCCCUCUCCUGUGGCAGACGACGCUCGGGGAGGGUUUGCCUUACCGAGUCUGGUCACAUGUUUAAAUGGGUGCGUGGAGGAAGUUGGACACUGAAUAAUCCCAUUCAACCAGUGUCCUACAUCCUCAACCUUCAUUCCUUACAAUAAUUCCGUACUUACAGUAACUGCAUAACCCAGGAAAUCUAACAAAGAGCAAAGUCUUCUUUCACUCGUGCCCUGGAGUCCUCUUAAAACAGGGUCAGUACAUAUUUUUAGCAAUCCUGCCUGAAACCUUUAAAACUGACAAACGUCCCUGCUGUAGACCGUAUAUGCCUGAAUAUCAUUGGACAGUUGGGAUGACUGUCUGGUUCCACACAAGUUAAAUCAAGUUACAUUCUUUAAAUGACCUAGAUUACAUCAUUAUUUCCCGCAGGCCUCGUGCUAGAAGUGGCAGGAAAAGGUCAAACUAUUUACACACAUAUGGGAAUAAUUGUACAGAUUAUGUCCUAAUAUGUGUUAAAAUUAACAGAAUAGUUUAAGAUGAUAAGUGGAUUUGGCCACCAUUAAUAAUAAUAUGUAUGUACGGGAAACUGUACUGAACCUGUAUCUUAAGGGAUAUAUAUUCAAUGCCAAACACCUUCUAAAUGUGUCACUGUUUAAAUGAUGGGGAUUGGCUAAUAAUCAUAUGGUGCAACCUUGACUAAUAACUCAGAUACGUCAUCCAGCUGUACGUGUGGUCUGAUACAGCCUUUAGGAAUCCAGAGCGCAGCCGCUGUCAUAGUGCAGUUCGUGUAGUGCUGCACACGUGGGAACAAGGCUUACAGUAAUUAAACUAUAGCGCUCUGCAGUACGACCGUUUGAAAGAGGAAAAAAAACCAGAGGACGGCGGAAUGGAGGAUCCAAAGGUACACGGCAACAUUAACACUGUAUAUUGUCAAAUAUCCAGGUAACUAAAAUCAUAACUGGGCUGGUCUCAGAGAUACAUAAACACGGACUUGAGUGGAAUAAAAAGGUUCGGAAUGGACUAAUUGAAGUGAAAAUAGAGUCGAAUGAAACACUGCAGAUGACAUUGAAUGGAGAGAAUAUGAAUUCAGUGGAAAGUAAUGGAACAUAAAGCCGUGGAAUAUAAUUGAAAGUGAUGGACUCAAAAUAAAUAUCUGCACUACACUGUUGCAUCAUGUCACGCCCUACACGUUGGGCUGUAUAUAUAUAGUGUACACUUUCUUUGGUGCUCUUAUGAUGAAUGCGCUGUAAACAACAAAUCCAUCGGUUUCACUCAGAUUCUCAAGUAAUUGAACUGCACGAUAUUUCUUUUGGUCAAGAAGACGGAUUGCCGUUGAAUACGUGGACAUUAGUGGGGUGCAGGAAUAAAAAAAAUAAAAAUCAAUGUUGAGUUUCACGCAGCUGCAAUACAGACGAGAUAACCUUCUAUCAACGAGGGUGGUAACACUUUAUUUUACACCAGGUCCUGAUUAAUGAAAAGAUAACUACUUGUAAUAAAUAGUGUUGAGACUUGAAUAGAUGCAAUAAUUAAGUCGUGUUUACAUAUUUUUAUUAUUACGUUGAUAAAGACAUUUAAUUACUGAUAAUUAGUUAUGAGAUGUAACAUGUUAACAUGGACUGUGGUUAUCAGUACUGGGUCAUUUCAGCAUCAUUUAAUUAUUAUGACAACCAAGUGCCAAUGCUGCUUUGUAACAACUGUAAACAACUGUACAACUGCCGGAUAGAGAAAUGAUAUAUUUGAACCAAUAAUCACAGUAAAGUUAGUAAAUACCAAGUAGUUUUUGAUUUUCAAUUAUUUACUUACAAUUCCUGUAAUAACUGUAAAAUGAAGUGCUACCUCAAGACGGUCAAUUAUCUCGAAGGCAAGACAACAAUUGACUGUUUCCUAAACCCCUCCUUCCAAUAGGGAUCCAUAGUUAUCCAAUCAAAAUGAGGCAGCUCAGUAACUUGAGCCUGUCCUCCAGCGUUGAGCCCAUAAUCACGUAUGGAGCCAUCAAAUGCGUAUUUAGGUUUCCAUCUUGAAAUAAAGUUAUAGACGGAAAGAUACAAAAUCCAGCUGGAGACAGCGCUUUUAAUUAACUCACCCUGCAAAGGUAAGCUGAGUGAGUGAGCUAGUUACAGCUGCCAUUAUUUAUCCGUUAUUUAAUCCGGGGAAAUCGACAGUCUUCUGUGGCUGCUUCUGUCCGAAUGAAAGACUCAGUGAAGGACACUGCAUCAAUAUGUGUGAGUGGUAAAUCUGCCGCAGGUAUCUGCCGGUGUAACCUCAGGGGGCGUGGCUUUACGGACAGUCACUUUGACUGUUCUUUUUUCUUCUUCUUUUUUUACCUCCAAUACCCGUUGCAGUUUAAUUACUUGAGUGUUUAAGGAGAACCAAUGCAAAGUGUUCCCCAGUGUAUAGAUGUACACGUGUAUUGUACUGUAACUCUUUUCUUAAUCCUACCGAUCAGACCUGGGUCAGGAGGUUAAAACCACUAUUACAACUUAAUGCAGUGCAGGUCAUUCAAAGUCGUACUGGAAGCUGAACCCGCCGAACCAUUUAAUAUAGUGUGUGAUAUCAUGGCGGAGGAAAUGACACUUAAAGGCCUUUAUUUAGCUUGUUUAACCUCGUGAAAAAAACCUCCUUCAAUGUGUGUGACUAACAUGGUCGUGCACUCUGUGGUGACCCAGGUGUGAUGUCCAGUGGUAUCCUGUAUAUUGCGAUGAAUCUUUUGCAUUUGAUUCUGCACUGCCAAACACCGAAUCUCUGUCUGUCUCUUGUGGUAGCAGCACAACUAUCUCUGGGUGUCUCUCUCAGCGUGGAGGUCAGUCUGCCCUCAGCACCAUCAAUACAAGAAGAAGAACGUUUACGAUGAAACAUAAACCACAACAGGUUUGACAGUCAUGCUACAAAUAUACGCAAAGGGAGAAACUGGAUAAAGGGCGUUCCAUGUCACAGCUGGAAGCAGCAACCCUUUGGCUUCAAUGAACUCUGGUUACUGAGCGCCAAGAGUCAGGUGGGCGGAGCCUGUGGUUGGCGCUGCCUUCAGUUCUUUGAGUUUAUCAAGGAAAUGGGCAGAAACAAAGCACCACAGCACCAUAAUGCCCUGCAGCCUGUUUGACAACACUUUUUAUGACCAACAAUAUCGGGCUAUUGUGAACCUGUCCAGGGAUCUCAGUGUGUAUGCCCUUGCACCAGCUCAGUUUCUACCCAUUAAAAGGACUUUUAAGAGUUUUUUGUAUUUAGUUAAGUCUCGAUAUCCCACUUUUUCUUCAUUUCUUUUGUUGAUGUGACGAGCGUACACUGACCUCCUGAAACCUAUUCUCUUUCGCUGCAUCUUUCCUGGAGCGCAGCUCAUUCUAAAUGGCUCGGUGUGUAGUAACGUGGUUCGAUCUAUUGAUGAAGUGGUUCUUGUAAAUCAGUCAGUGAGACGUUUAUUCUGAAUUGUGUGAGUUUCCUCUUCACUCUGAGAAAAUUGUGUUUCUGUAUUUGAUACCUGAACAUGUAAGCACACGGCCACUAAUUUCUCCAAGUCUAGUCACUGGUUUCUAAAUAGCUUUUUAUAUAGCCAAAAAAACUGUCCCUUUGUUUAUCAAAGAACUUUAUCUUGAAAACUGUAUAUUAAAAUCCUAAAUGUAC